UACAAACAUCCUCAAGAUCAAGGAGGACAGUGCUGAGUCUGCAUGACGUCAUGGGUGUUUCCUCGCUCAGUGGUCAAAAUAUGGUUCUCAAUAGGCGUGUCAACACCCAAGUUAGCUGGUUCGAGUGCAAGAGCCCAGUCUUUCUCCUGCGAAAGCCGGAGUCCAAGACUCUACGCAGCAGCCUCGUCAAGGCCCUGGCUAGACUUCUGGUGAUCACUUGCCAGUGCACUCUAGUGCUACUCGUCGACCAGAUUCUGGGUGUUUCGGUUAUUUUGGAGCACGACCAGUGUCCUAACGGGCCCACCCCUACGUGUGUUCUGUAUUCAAGAGAAAUAGUGCAGUGUUACAAGUGUAAUUUUAGUUAAAUACAGAAUGUCAAGGCGAAUGGUGUCAAUUAGAAUUUGUGUUUUUUUUUUUUUUUGUUAGUUCUGAAUUAGACUGUAAAAUGUAGGAUUGUGCCUGUUUUUGGAGUCAAGUGUCGGCAAUCAAAAUGUCAUGCAAAAAAAAUUGUUGAAUGAAAAUUGGUGUGAUUCUAUGUGUAAAUGUUUUGGAAGUUACUGUUUUAUGCGUCUCUCGGUGUACUGGUUAGUGAACAAUAAUUUGUGAUAUCAAACUACGGAGGUAUAUUGUAGAUUGUUGGUGUGUGACUCGAAUGCGAUGCCAAUUUUCAAAAUCUUGAUUCUACUCUUUGUGUGUAAUAUCAAAGUACUUGUAAUGAACUUUUAUGUGUAUAUGUUGUGUGGCAGGACUCAUCAAACUGCUUGUGCAUUGAGUGUGUAAAGAAAAUUGCUGGUGUAAGAAAAGAUAUUGUGUAAUAUUA